AUGUUUUUGCUAUUACUUUUAGGUUUAGCUUUUUCCGAAGAUGCAUUAUUAUCAAAGGAAAGAAGACCAGUAGUCGAGGAAUCAAAUCAGAAGUCCAAGGAGAGAAAUAACGACCAAAUGAAGGAGAAUAACGAAAAAAUUACAACAAAGUCAAAUAAAAAACCUGAAUUACAACAACCCAAGCAGUUAUAUUCUGCAACAGAUAAAAAACUGAAUGACUUUUCGAACAAAUAUAUUCAAGAAAAAAAUGAACAAAAAUCUAGCAAUGAAAUGAAUUAUAAAAAUGAGAAACAGAAUCAAAUGUCUCAUGAAUUACCAAAUGAGAACGAUAAAAAAGAUAAUAUUGAAUAUUUUGAUGAUGAAUGGAAAAUUGACGAAGAUGGCUUUUCAGUAACUGUUAACGAGGGAAAAUCUGAGCAAUUCGAUAAGUCGCAAUCUCUAGCCAAGAAAAAUAAACAUAAAUAUGAAGAUCCAAAGCGAAAAGGCCUUGAUUUAGGUACAUUGUUUUCAGAUAAAAAGAAAGAGGCUGGCAUUUCGAAAGAAGACCUUGCAAUUAACCCUUACGGCGAUCCAAAUCUUCCAAAUCAAAAUUACAAGCCAGAAGAUUACGAAGAAUUCGAAAGGAAGAACGAGAAAGAUAAAACAAUUACACCUUACGACAAAAGAAGGCAAGAUAAGUACAUGAGUAGUUCGAAAUCAGAUACAACAGAUGAGUAUCAAGAUGACGAAGAUUUGAUCGAAGAAGAUGGUACGAGUCAAGGUGUAUUGAAGGAUGGCGAUGAAGUUCAAGAUCAAAUCCAAGAAUUUGAUGAAUUCCAAGAUUAUAAUAAUUUCCAGUAUCAAGAACUCCAAAACCAACCAGAAGAACCCGAGAAACAAUCAGGCCACAGGUUCAAGCGCGUAAAGAGAAUCAAAAGAAGAAAAAAUAAAAAGAAUAAAUCUUCUGAUCAAAGCCAAGAAAUUCCGCAAGAUGCUGGCCAAUACCAAAAUCUUCAAUACGAUCAGUCCCAAGACCAAAGUUUCCAAAAUCAAAACGACCAUUUAAUUGAAGAUCAAGAAUUCCAGAAAAAAGAAGAAUACGCUCAAAUUCCUAAGGAUGAGAAUCCAUAUGAACCGGUUUUCAACCGCAAAUUUUCAAGAAAAAAGAAAAAUCAAAAUUUAUUCUUACAAAACGGGCCAAUAACCCCUCUGAUUGUUGAAACGCAGUCUUACAUGCUAGGAUUCAUCAGAAAGAAGCCAUUAAACGUUACUUAUUCACCAGUACCGAUUGAAGUUACAAAACCUUACUGUAGAAUCAACGAAGCUGUUGUAGAAGCAUAUAUAUCUGGUCCUCAUUCUGUCCAAUGCAGGCUUAGUGUUCCAAUCUUUACAACUUCUGCUCAUGUCACAAUUUCAUUUGAUGGAAACCACUUUUCAUCACCAGUUAUUGUAGAAACAAAUGUCCCGUUCUGGUUCAUUUUAUUCCCAAUUGCUGCAAUUGCCGGUUUAAUUUAUAUUUCAUUAAAACCAAAAACAAAGAAGAAAAAGAUAUUAAACGGUCCAAAUCUUGAUUCGUUUAGACCAAUGACUAGUAUGCCAAAGAAAGAAGAAACAUUUGGCGCUGAUAUAGAUAAUGAAAAUAUUAUUCAACAAGAUGUAUAUUAUGAAGCAAUUCCAGAUGAAAAUAAUUCUACUACAAAGUUGCAAGAAAUGCCUCGUUAA